UCGUUGUACUGCGUGCGUACGUCUUGUGAUUAUCCUCACUUUUUAGUUUUUUUUUUUCCCCCCUCUCUUCUUGUGUUUUGGGUUCAUCCAGAGUAGUCCGAAGAGGACUUGGACACAAUUUGAACCACAAUAUCCUGGAGGACAGCAAGAGGUGCGCCCUGCCGUUUGAAUCCCAUUUUUUCCGGCGCCGCCUCACGAGCGUGACUUGGGGGGCGCGAAUAAUGUGCCUGCAAGACAGAGAGGCCGAGAUGCCGCUGAGGCUCAGACCUUGACAACAGUUGCACGAUGGGAAACGUGGAGAGCCACAACGGCGAGAACGCCUUCCACGCCGGCUCCUCCAACCACCUGUCCCGUAAGCACGCCUCGUCGCGCUCCCUGCGCCUGUCGUCCGCCGCCAAGCGGCCGGUGACCCGCCGCCCUCGCCACUCCCUAUCGGCCAAGCAACCCGAGCGCCACCGCAACUCGGAAGCGUCCACGCGCUCCUCCAGCACGCCCAGCAUCCCGCGCUCGCUCGACGUCGCCCCGGACGAUGACGACGCGGGCGGCCUGGCGGAUUUCGGCGUCAACCCGCACUGGACUCAACGCCUGGCCAUGACCUUGAGGCCCGAGGAGCACGACGCCUCCGCCUCGCCCGCGCCGGACGACGACGCGUCCGCCUUCAAGAAGAAGCGCUCCAAGUCGGCCGACAUGUGGAGGGACGACAGCCUGGAGUUCUCGCUGUCGGACCUUAGUCAGGAACACAUGACCAGCACGGAGGAGAUGGUGGACGGAGGCGAGGAAGAGGAGGAGGAGGAGGAAGAGGAGGAAGAGGAGGAGCAGUUCAACCGACAGCCCAGAGGACCGAAAGGCGCAGCGGCGCGAGCCUCGUCCCUGGACCACCUGUGCAGCCCCCAGAGAGCGGGCCCGGGGGGCCGCCGCAGAGACGGCGAGCGGGUUGGAGGAGGCGACGACGCCGCGACGGGGUCGGCGAUGUCUCCGAGCGAGGAGGACGACGGCGGCGGCGGUGGCGGUGGUGGUGGCGGCGCGUACGCGGCCUUCACGCUCCCCUGCCGACGCUCUCACUGUCUCUCGGAGGGCCCGGCCGGGCUCGGCGUGGCGACGGCGCCACCGCCGCAUCCCGUUUUUCAGGGACGCCGUGCGCAAACCACUCAGGACAUCUCGGCCGCCCUGAGCGAAGGCAGCGAGUACGGCGACAGCGGCAUUGACGGCGUGGCAGCCGAGACGGAGGCGGCGGCGGCGGCGGCGGACGGCGAGCCGUUGACGCGGCGCUGCAAGGCCAUGUCGGCGUCCUUCUCGGUGUACUCGGCCGCCGAGAGCACCUUCUUCCGCAACGGCAGCGACAGCGGCAGCAGCAGCGCCGGCGUGGAGGCUCGAAGCGGCGGCGCAGGCGCAGGCGCAGGAGGUGUCUACGAGAACUUCCGCAAGGAGCUGGACAAUCAAAUCUGGGUGCACCGAAGCCGGGACCGCUCGGAGGAGGCGUGCUCGGCCAUCAGCGACGAGCAGAGCAGCGGCACGCUCAGCAGCGCUUACCCGUCGGAGUCGGUGGCGGGUUCGAGCUGCGCCCACGGCACGGUGCGCAAGGCGGGCGCGCUGGCCCUCAAGAACUUCCUGGUGCACAAGAAGAGCAAGAAGGUGGAGACGGCCGCCAGACGCAAGUGGAAACACUACUGGGUCUCGCUGAAAGGCUGCACGCUAUUCCUGUACGAGUCGGAUGGUCGCUCGGGCAUUGACCACACCAGCGUUCCCAAACACGCGUUGUGGGUGGAGAACGCCAUCGUGCAGGCGGUGCCCGAACACCCCAAGAAGGAUUUUGUCUUCUGCUUAAGCAACUCGGUCGGAGACGCCUUCCUCUUCCAGACGUCGGGCCAGACGGAGCUGGAGAACUGGAUCACGGCCAUCCACUCGGCGUGCGCCGCCACCCUGGCCCGUCAGCACCACCGCGACGACACGGUGCGCCUGCUGCGCGCCGAGAUCCGCAAGCUCGAGCAGAAGAUCGACAUGGACGAGAAGAUGAAGAAGAUGGGCGACAUGCAGCUGUCCACCGUCACCGACGGCAAGAAGAGGAAGACCAUCCUGGAGCAGAUCUUCUUGUGGGAGCAGAAUCUGGAGCGUUUCCACGUGGACCUGUUCCGCUGCCGCUGCUACCUGGCCAGCCUGCAGGGAGGCGAGCCCCCCAACCCCAAGCGCCUGCUGGGCUUCGCCUCGCGGCCCACCAAGCUGGCCAUGGGACGCCUGGGGAUCUUCUCCGUGUCCUCCUUCCACGCGCUGGUGUCUGCGCGCACCGAGAUGGCUACGAAGCGGCGCGGCCAAGCCACGCCCUCUCGCACCUUCAGCAAACGCCGAAGUCGCUUCUCCUCGCUGUGGGGGAUCGACACUGCUUCCCGCAGGAAGUCCAGGGCGCAGCACCCCACCAUCAGCCAGGUGUUUGUUGACGGCGACGAGGCAGCCAACGCGCCCGCGGAACCGACGUACGAAGACUCCACGAGCGACAAAUCUAAGGAGAGGGAGAGCUCGGUGAAAAGUCUUCCGCAGCUGUCCCUGGAAAACGAUAUGUGGCCUCCAGAGAGCCUGGCCCCCUCCUGGGUGUGCCUGCCUGGCGACCGGCCCAUCCUGGCGGUGGUGCAGCCCGGCGACACGACGCUGGAGGUCCUGAGCGCCGUCUGCAAGAAAAACAAACUGGAGCCUUCUGGUCACUAUCUACGCUUGAAGGUGGCUGUGGACGAGCGCACACUCGUGUACAUGCCCAAACAUGACGAGGACAUCUACGAUGUGCUGUACCAAGAGAUCGAGAUCUGCACCAAAGCCACCAGAGUGAUCCAGUUCGACCGAGCCGAGUCGUGCACGCUGGGCUACGGUUUCUCAGUGUGUGUUCUGGACGAGGACGGCACACAGCAGCUUCACAUCACUGACGUCAAAGCGGGCGGACUCGCCUCCGCUAAAGGUAUACAAGCCGGCGACGAGAUCCUGCUGCUGAACGGCAAACCGGCCACCGCCCUGCAGAUGGACGACAUGCGAGCAGCAUUCGCCUGCCCGGCCCUGACGCUGAGCGUGGGCGCCCUACCCCGCCUGGACCCCGCCACACUAUGCCCGCCGCCGCCGCCCCGACGCUCUGCCGCUGACCCCGCCGCCACUGACAUCUUCUCACAGAGCCACGAGGACAUCCUGGAUGACAUCUCAGGUCUGACUGUGGAUGACAGUUUGGGCGAUGGGGUGCCGCAGAGUCCCGAGGACCCUCCAGAAGAGAAGAUCUACGCGCAGAAGAACACGGAGCAGGCGUCCUCCUUCCGCCCCGAGUGCCCGAUGUCGUCGUCGUCUUCGUCCUCCUCGUCUUCCUCGUCGUCGCCGUCCCCCAGCCCGGUGUCACCCCUGCCGCCGUCCUGCGCCCAACGUCAGCUCUCGCACGCCGACAAGCUGCGCAAAGUCAUCAGCGAGCUGGUGGACACGGAGAAGACUUACGUCAAAGACCUGCGGUGCCUCAUCGAGUGCUACCUGACGCCGCUGCAGAAGGAAAGCUUCCUCACGCAGGAUGAGCUGGACAUUCUGUUCGGCAACCUGGGCGAGAUGGUGGACUUCCAGGUGGAGUUUCUGAAGACGCUGGAGGACGGAAUCAGACUGGUGCCCGAUCUAGACCGACUGGAGAAAGUGGAACAGUUCAAGAAAGUGCUCUUCUCCUUGGGCGGCUCGUUCCUUUACUACGCCGACCGCUUCAAGAUCUACAGCGCCUUCUGCGCCAGCCACACCAAGGUCCCGAAGGUCCUCGCCAAAGCGAAAACGGACCCGGACUUCAAGGCGUUCCUGUCCGAGCGCAACCCCAAGCAGCAGCACUCGUCCACGCUGGAGUCGUACCUCAUCAAGCCCAUCCAGAGGGUCCUCAAGUACCCACUGCUCCUCAGGGAGCUCUUCUCCCUCACCGACCCCGACAGCGAUGAGCACUACCACCUGGACGUGGCCAUGAAGGCGAUGAACAAGGUGGCGAGUCACAUCAAUGAGAUGCAGAAGCUGCACGAGGAGUUUGGCGCCGUCUUCGAUCAGCUUAUCAACGAGCAGAAGGAGGUGGGCGACCUGUCCAUGGGGGAUCUGCUGAUGCACUCCAGCGUGGUCUGGAUCAACCCUCCGGCCUCGUUGGGGAAGAGCAAGAAAGAUCCGGAAUUGGACGCCUUUGUGUUCAAAACCGCUGUGGUGUUUGUGUACAAAGACUCGUCCAAGCACCGGAAGAAAGUGAGUGCCUCUCACCGAGCAUCCAUGAACGACGAGCGCGAUCACUUCCGCUUCCGUCACAUGAUCGCCACCCACUCGCUGCAAGUCCGCGCCCUCGCAAGUACGCCGGCGCCAGACUCUGAAGGCACGACCGUGUGUGAAAUAGUUCACACCAGGUCGGAAUCCGAGGGCCGACCCGAGAGAACAUUUCAGUUGUGCUGCAGUUCUGCGGAGAGCAAGAAGGAUCUGCUGAAGGCGGUGCACUCCAUCCUCAGGGAGAAGCAGCGGAGGCAGCUGCUCAAGACCGAAUCGCUUCCCCUCAGCCAGCAGUACAUCCCCUUUGGGGGCAAGCGGCUCUGCGCCCUCAAGGGGGCGCAGAGGCCCGCCGUCAACCGAGCAGCUUCGGCUCCACCACGCUCUCUAGCUCGCAGGAAGUUGCUGCGAAACCGCUUCACCAUCAACACGGACCUGGUCUUGGACACGGACCCGGUCUUCAACAACAACAACCACCAGCGGAACUCCGACCCAGCUGGGAUGGAACCGGCGGCCCCGUCGGCGCCAACCCGGCACUCGACGGUGCCCUCGGAGCUGUGGCUGGAGCAGCAGUUCGACCUGCGACCGUACGAGGACGACGACAAGGUGAAGGAGACGGACAUUUUGAGCGACGACGACGAGUACUGCAAGUCGCGACGAGGCGCGGGGGCGCCCGCGCAGACCGCAGAACUGGACGCCAAGAUGGACGCCAUGGAGAUCCGCGGAGUGUUGAAGGCGUGCGCGGCGCAGCGCGGGCCCGAGCGUGACGCCGUGUGGGUGCGGAGGGACGACUUUGGCUGCAACAGCGACGUCUUCUGACAUCCUCCGUCUGAUCACGACCGAAUGGACGCGCCGGCCUGUUUAUUAGGUACACGUGCGUCCACGAGAGUGUGCGAAUGAUACCUUUUCCCCUCUGUGAGGAACACCAAUGAGCCCCCCCCCCGUUUUCACUUCACUGCAAGAAUCCUAUUUUUGAAUUUCACCGUGAAUCUACAGAAUAUGCUGUUGGAGCAAGAACCCUUCUGAUAUUUAUUUUAAAUGGUUAUAUAUAUUUUUUGCUUCCAAUAAUGUUUUCUACGCCUCCCCAUGAGUCAACAUACGGCAUUCUGAUUAAUAUUCUUUGUCGAAUAUGAAUGAGGCAGAAAAAUCAACCGGUUUUUCCCACUUAUCUUAUGGGGCCUUCAUUUUGCCUUGUUCUGCCACUCGCUGUUGACAAAAAAUGACAUCACGGGCUCAACUUGCCAGUGUCACGUUACCAAAAUCCAGAAAACAGACGAGCCAUGACGGUCGUUACCUGAGCCCUUGGACGAUGUGCUGUCAUUUUCAGUCGACACCCAAGUAGCAGCACAAAACAAAAUGGCCGCCUCCCUGAGAUGGAUCAAAAUGGGUGGCGUUUGCUGCUCAUACAAUAUGAAUCAAAAUCACGCGUUUCGACUAGUGGGAUUGCGUAGGACAUAUUCCUGUCAAGAAAAUUGACUUGAUAAUGUUUCCCAGCCCUUCAGCCAGUUACAAUUCCCAAUACUCCGGCAAGAACCCUAUUUUGAAGGAUAGCUCCAAAUCCACCGUUUCCCAGCAAGAACCCUAUCGAUUGUUUUUUCGCAGUACAAGAUGGCCAAAGUGGCUGAUAUCGAAGCCGAUUGUCAAACUUCCCCACACAGUUACAGCAAAAACUUGUUUUUUUAGGAUUUUAUGGUAUACUUAGCCAGCAACAACUCAGUUGGGUUUAGCAAUACAAAGAUGAUCCGGGUAGCUGCGAUCCAAAUUCAAAGCUUCCAGAGUAGCCACACCCGCAGUUUGCCAGCAAUAAUCCUGCUAGUGUUUAGUGCAACAAGAGAACAUAUUUUUAGGCCCCUAAAGUCUAAUUUUCCACACAAAACUUUGAACUUCUCUAUUUUUAUGACAUUUGUUUUGUGCCGUUCACUUUUCCCGCCGGUGAGUGAUCAGGAUGUUUGUAUUUAUGAGACCCGAAUGCUCACUUUUGAUACGAUAUGUUUGUUA